AUGGUGCUGCUCUCCUCCGGCGGCCGCCGCGGCCUGAUGAUCGUGCCGUCCCUCGCGGCGGUGGUGGUGGCCGUGCUGGCUGUCACCGCCCCGCGCGGCGCCGAUGCGUACAAGAACUACACCGUCGGCGACGACAAGGGCUGGUACGACGGCCUCACCCUGCCGGGGGUCGACUACAAGGCGUGGGCUGACGGCAAAAACUUCAGCCUCGGGGAUUUCCUCAUCUUCAACACGGACAAGAACCACUCGGUGGUGCAGACGCGGAACGGGACGCUGUACAAGAGCUGCGACUACAACGACUCGGGCCCCGACGACACCGUCGAGUGGUCCGCCGCGGCCCCGGAAUUCAGCAAGGACGCCGUCACCGUCGCCGUGCCGCUCCUCAAGGAAGGCCGCGCCUACUUCUUCUCGGGCAACUACGACGGCGAGCAGUGCGAGAGCGGACAGCGCUUCGCCAUCGACGUGGCCCACGGCCAGGGCCUGCCGCCGGACCUCACGCCGCCCGUCGCCGCCGACGCGCCGGCGCCCUCCUCCUCCGCGGGGACCGCCGACGGAGCGGCUGCGCUCGACUUCAGCCACCCCAAGAACGUCACCACGCCCAGCGCGACGGACGACGACGACGGUGAACCGAGCGGUACCUCCGGCUCCUCCACUGCUCGGACUCUAGCCGGUCAGCUGAGGUCUGCUCUGCCCGUGACCGUGACGCUGCUCAUCACGUUGCUCUUCGCGAUGUAG